AAUGCCCUGCGCUCCGGGGGAAAGAACUCCGCUACCCAGCAUGCCCCGCAAAAGACCAUGUCCAUGUCUCACAAUGCCCCGCGACGGGAGCCCCGUAUCCCAUGAUGCCCCGCGACGCCGACUACGUGACCAACAAGGCCCGGGAAGGAUGGACUCUGUUUCCCAUCAUGCCCCACGUCCCAGCUUCACCUCCCCCGCCCCCCCACCGCCGGGAGAGGCCGGGCGGCCGCCAGGGGGCAGCAGUGGCGGGGGGCGCUCAGCCCCUCCUCCCCCCGCCCCGGGGCAUGGCAGGGAAACUGAGGCACGUCCCGGCAGGGACAGCACCGGGGCCGGGCUCGCUCGCGCUGCGGCUCGGGGGUGCCCGGCCGGGGUAGACUGAGGCCGCCCCCGUGGGGCCCGGCUCUGCCUGUGGCCGGGGGUGCCCUCCCCCCCCGCCCGGGGCCGCCCCAUGGCCGGGGCCGACUUCGUGGCCGGGUGGAUCUCGGGUGCGCUGGGGCUGGCGGUCGGGCACCCCAUGGACACGGUGAAGGUGACCGGGCCGGGCGCAUGCGAGCCGGGGGGGGGGCUGUGGCCCCUGCCCCGCGCCGACCCCCCUCGUUGCAGGUGCGGCUGCAGGCGCGGGCCGGGUACCGCGGCGCCCUGGACUGCGUGCUCCGCACGUACCGCGAGGAGACGGUGCGCUCGCACGGGGACCGCGGGCGCGCUUCGCACGGGCACCCCCGCCCCCCACACGCCUGGCUGGAGCCCCCACCCUGCACGCUGCUCCCACGUGCGACACCCGCUCCGCCGCACCGGUGUCCGCGUGUCUCACGGGGGGACGCGUGCAAGGGGCUGUGUCCGUGCAAGGAGGGGCACGUGCACUAGGGCAGCUAGGGUGCUCACAAGAGGCGCACGCACGAGCUCCUGCGGGGCACUUGUGCUUCCACGAGGGGGUGUGCGCUCCUGCCCCCUCGUGAAAGUGCAGGUGCCCCCCGUGAGCGCCCGAGGGGCAGGCGAUCUCACGGGGGUGCCCGCACUUACACGAGGGGCGGGGGUUUCACGGGAGGCCGUGCGCUCACGAGGCCCUGGUGCCGGGCAGGUGCUGGGGUUCUUUAAGGGCAUGAGCUUCCCGCUGCUGAGCGUGGCCCUCGUGAACGCCGUCAUGUUCGGGACCUACGGGACCGCCCUGCGCUGCCUCGGGGGCCCCCCCCGCCCCGACCGGGGCGCCUCGGCCCCCCCCGCCCGCCGGGUCCUCGCCGCCGGCUGCUGUGCCGGCCUGGCCCAGGCCGUGGUCCUGGCCCCCGUGGAUCUCAUCAAGGUGCGGCUGCAGAGCCAGACCCACGGCCUGGGCCGGGGGGGGCCGGCGGAGGAGACGCGCGCCCCCCGGUACCGGGGCCCCGUGCACUGCGCUGCCUGCAUCCUGCGCGAGGAGGGGCCCCGGGGGCUGCUGCGGGGCGCGGGGGCCCUGGCGCUGCGCGACACCCCCACCAGCGGCCUCUACUUCCUCCUCUACGCCAGCCUGUCCCGCGGCCUGACGCCCUCUGGGCAGGAGCCAGGUGCGUGCACGGUGCUGCUGGCGGGCGGCGUGGCCGGGUCCUUGUCCUGGGCCUGCGCCACCCCCAUGGACGUGGUGAAGGUGCGGCUGCAGGCGGGGGGCAGCCCCUACCGCGGGAUCCUGCACUGCGCCCGCCUCAGUGCCCGGCAGGAGGGUGCCCGGGUCUUCCUGCGGGGCCUGGGGCUGAACUGCGCCCGGGCCUUCCCCGUCAACGCCGUCACCUUCUUCGGCUACGAGAACAUCCUCCGAAUCAUCACCUGAGCCCCCCCCAGGCUGCCCCCUCGCUCCCUGCAGCACCCACCUUCCCUGACCCGGCUUAGCUUCCUAGGGCGUCUGCUGGCCAGCGCCCCCUGCUGGUUGCCCCCCACCCCGAGCCCCUCCACUCCAAGCAGGGAGACAACCCAGGCAUCCGGGCUCCGGGCUGCCUGCACCAGCUCCCCUGAGCCACUGAGGUUUGGCACGGCCCCCCCCAGACUCUGGGUCUAGCCAGGACGAGGGGCAGAGCGUAUCAUCAGCCCUGGGGCACCUGGGCCCCGGCUCGGGUUGGGUGCGGGCUGUUACCUGCCAGGCUCACGCACCUGGGUCAGCAAUGAGAGGGAAUAAAGAACCUGCACAUGA